AUGCAAGUUCAGGCUGUACUUGCAGAUCUUCAUGGCCUGGAUUCUCUUAUCUCAGCUGGGACUGACUCUGGAAAGACACUACCAACUGCCCUGAAGAUUCUUUUGGACAACCCUGCCGACCACUUGAUAACAAUAAUGCUAUCUCCAUUGAAGUGCCUCCAGGUAAUGCAACAAAAUGAUUUCAAUUCAUGCUACGGAAUUUGCAUGGUGGUCAUCAAUGAGGAUACCCCUCACCAUGAGGCAUGGUGGGAUGUACUCCCUGUCACAAAAAGUGACCGGACACCUGAUUCAGAUACAAUGGCUGGAUGGAUUUCAAUUCUUUUUGGUGGAUGUCAAGAUAAUAUGAAAUGUAGUAGAUCCCCAAAUUUUCAUAAUACUUGGACAAAAUCUGAUUGA